UUAUUUAUAGUCAUGUGAUCAAUAGAGAAUGGCAAGGAAUUAUCUCUUUCAUGGUAUCACCCUCACCCUUCGAUCCUCUCUCUUCCUAACCCUACUCGGCUCACCCUUUUCUGCUUCUGCUCUGUUUGACCACCACCAUGACUGGCUCAAACAACAACCCUCCAAUCUCCAUCGAAUCCAAAAUCCACCCGGCUACAACAGUUUCCAACAUCAAAACUGUUAUUCCUAUCACUCUCGAAAUAGAAUCUGGGCAAUAUAAUUCUUGGGCAACCCUAUUCAAACUGCAUUGUAAAGCCUGCCUUGUGUAUGAUCAUAUCAAAAGCAAACCGGAAACCUCCUCUUCCUCCUCCGAAACCACCAAACAGUCGGACGAUUGGGAGCGGCUGGAUGCCAUUGUUCUACAAUGGAUAUACAGCACGAUCUCAAACGACCUCUUACACACAAUAAUUAACAACACUGCCACCGCGUAUGACGCCUGGGUUGCCAUCGAAAACCUGUUUCAUGACAACAAGAGUGCUCGGGCAAUUCAUCUCAUGCACAAGUUUUCAAACACCAGACUUGACGGCUUUCCGAACGUGUCCGCCUAUUGCCAAGAACUUAAAGUCUUAGCCGAUCAGCUUGCCAACGUUAAUGCUCCCGUGGACAGCGAUCGCCUUGUACUUCAGUUGAUCGCCGGUUUAAAUGAAGAGUACGAAGGAAUUGCCACCAUUUUACAACAACAGGAUCCGUUGCCGUCCUUCUACACGGCUCGCUCCAAGAUUAUACAAGUCGAAACCCGUAAAGCCGAACAAGCUCUACACGCCUCCAAGGUGGCUGGUUCGGCUCUCACCGCCACCGCACAUCGUGCGACACCAGUGGACUUGAACAGGACCGAUGACCGGCCCGGCGGCAGGGGCCGCGGUCGGUCGGGCAGACGUGGCAGGGGCCGCGGUUCAUACGGCAGAGGUCGGUCAGCAAACUACUGGCAAAAUCAAUUUUACAACCCUUGGACUAACCCACCCUAUGGCCCAUAUCCAUCUUUUGGCCCAUCUCCACAGGCCUACUGGCCUAUGCCACCCUGCCCAUAUCCUUCUACUAAUCGGUCCAACAACAAUUCGGCUCAAGGUUCUGGCAUUCUUGGCCCACGUCCCUCUCAGGCUCACACUGCCUAUAGCCCAACGGACAUCGAGCAAGCCAUGUACACCAUGUCCUUGCAGCAGCCUGACCCCACUCAGUAUAUGGAUACAGGAGCGACAUCCAACGCAUCUCAUGAAUCAGGAUUACAAGACCAAGAAGCCGCUCCUCAGAUGCAACAGCAGCGGUGAUUUGUACCCUCUGGUGCUCGGAUCAUCUCCAUCUCAACCUACUGCUCUUGCUGCUAUCUCCGCACAACUCUGGCAUCAUCGUCUAGGCCAUCCUGGACGAUCUUCUUUGCAAUCUUUAAAAAGUUCUAGUUCUAUUGUUUUUGAUAAACUUAAUAAUAAUGUAUGCCAGUCGUGUGUUUUUGGUAAAAGUAUUCGGUUACCAUUUUUUGCAUCCAAUAAUUAUACUAUUCAACCCUUUGA